AUUUACACAGCCUGCAGGACUAAGCUGGGACUAAAUAAAGUAUUCAAAAUCAUAGCAAGAAACACUGAGAAAAGAGAGAAAGCCUCAUGAUAUGGACAAUCAAAAGAAUCAUGUCACCAUUCAUAUGGUUGAUUUGCACCAGAAUGGAGUGUCUGAAUCAAAAGUAAUCACCAAAGAUCCAAUCACACGGCAGCACGGAGCUACUGUGAGCUUCCACAACAUCCAAUAUACUGUAACGUUCAAGAAUAGGUGCUGUAAGAAGAACAACAUCACUAAGAACGUCUUGAUGGACCUCAAUGGGAUUAUGAAACCUGGUUUAAAUGCCAUUUUAGGCCCUACAGGAUGUGGAAAAUCUUCGUUUUUGGAUGUCCUUGCAGCAAGGAAGGACCCCUCAGGUCUUUCUGGUGAAGUCCUGAUUGAUGGAGCUCCUCAGCCAUCUAACUUUAAAUGCCUUUCUGGUUAUGUUGUACAGGAUGACAUCGUGAUGGGCACUCUGACUGUGCGGGAGAAUCUGUGCUUCUCAGCUGCACUUCGUCUUUCAUCCUCAAUAAAACAGAAAGAAAAGGAGGCCAGAGUUAAUCGUCUCAUUUCAGAGUUAGGCCUCAGUGAAGUGGCAAACAAAAGGGUGGGCACUCAGCUAAUUCGUGGCAUCUCUGGAGGUGAACGAAAGAGGACAAGCAUUGGCAUGGAGAUGAUCAUUAACCCCGCUGUACUGUUCCUGGAUGAACCCACCACAGGCCUAGAUGCCAGCACUGCCAGCUCUGUUCUACUGCUGCUAAAACAAAUGGCCAAUAAUGGAUGCAACAUUAUCAUGUCCAUCCACCAGCCACGCUACUCCAUCUACCAGCUCUUUGACAACCUCACACUGCUGAUGAGGGGCAAACAAGUCUACCAUGGACCAGCUGAUGAUGCCCUAGGCUACUUUGCGGAGAUUGGUUAUAUAUGUGAAGCCCAUAACAACCCAGCAGAUUUCUUCCUGGAUGUCAUUAAUGGAGACUCCAUAGCUGCAACUAAGGCCAGACUGCUGACUGCAGAAGAUCUUGAGUUUGAAGAGUCUGGAGACACAAACCAGGGCAUUGAAAACCGUCUGGUUGAGGAAUACAGAAAAAGCAAAUAUGCCCAGGAAACCAAGGCUGAACUAGAAUAUAUCAUGAGGGGCAAAGAGUACAGCAACAAACCCAAGUUGCGCACCAUCACCUACAACACCGGUUUCUUCCACCAGCUACAUUGGGUCAUCAAGAGAUCUUUCCGGAGCUUGGUUCUAAACCUUCAUACCCCCAUUUUACAGUUUGCAACAACCAUCUAUGUGGCACUCAUUGUUGGCAUCAUUUUCUUUGCCGUUAAAAACAACCAGAGCGGCUUACAGAACAGAUUCGGAGCUCUGUACUUCCUUUCAAACAGUCAGUGUUUUAAUUCACUGACAGCUGUUCAGCUUUUUAUCACUGGGAGGAAGCUCUUUAUACAUGAAUACAUCAGCGGCUACUACAGAGUGUCCGUCUACUUUCUGUCUAAGAUCCUGUCUGACAUGUUCAUUCUGCACAUGAUUCCUGCUGUGGUCCUCACAUGUAUUGUCUAUUUUAUGAUUGGAUUAAAGGACACACCAGCAGCAUUCUUCCUCCUCAUGUUCACACUGAUUCUUGUGGCAUGCACAGCCACAUCUAUGACCAUGGCCAUCUCCGUUGAUCAUUCUUUUGUGGAAACUGCAACUGUCUUAAUUAACCUGACUUUUGUCUUUAUGAUUAUCUUCUCUGGUCUGCUGGUGAAUCUGGACAGUGUCGUGCCCUGGCUCGCCUGGCUUAAGUACCUGAGCAUCCCUCAUUACGGUCUCACGGCUUUGCAGAUCAAUGAAUUUGUGGGACUGACUUUUUGUGGGAAUCUCACUGAUGUCCUAAUGUCCAACACCACCAAAGGAAUUAUGUAUGCUAAUUGUUGCACAGGUGAGCAACAUCUCCAGUCCCAAGGAAUCAACUACUCUACAUGGGGAUUAUGGCAGAAUCAUGUGGCCCUAAUAAUUAUGACCAUCAUAUUCCUCAUCACCGCUUACAUCAAACUCAGGUUCAUGCGCAAGUUCUCCUGA